CCACAAGUGACAGAUGCAGCAAAAUGGCUGACUGUUUUGUAGCAUAAAUUGAGGGUUUAUAAAGAAAUGUGUUUUUGAAUACUAAUUAUUAAUAAAUAAUUGAUUAUUAUAUCAUUUAAACAAAAGUUUUACGUUUAAACAUCAUAGUUACAAUUUUGCAGUUUGUACGUGAUUAAAAUGUCCAGUGAGCCUAAAAAGUGUGUAUUAUGUAGUAUGACUUUCCCAAGUCAGGAAUUGCUUCAAAGUCAUUUUCGGGAACAUGCAAAUAAAAAAAUUGAUAUGAAGGGUCGACAAACUGUACAACUCAAGCCUAUAAGUGAUUCUAAAGAUUCUACCUCGAAAGAGAUUAUACAAUGUGAGGGAUGCACUGAAUUAUUUGAUAAUGUGACAAAAGCCAUUCAGCAUAAAUAUAAAAAACAUCCUGAACUGCCAAGUAAAAAUUAUUGUAGCUAUUGCGGAAUGUUAUUCCCUUUGCAGUGCAAGCUAGAUGCUCAUCUUCAAAGUCAUGAUACAAGCAUUGUUCCUAAACCGGACAAAGUUCGGCCUUGUAAGGAGUGUGAUGCGGUAUUUUACAAUCAGAAAGCUUUAACUUAUCAUACUGGAUCUAUUCACAAUAGAAACAAAGCCAUGUUAAAACCAACUGUAACAGCUCCACCUUCGAAAAAGAUUAAAUUAAAUAAUGCAAAUGAACCACUCUCUGUAUAUUAUUGUCAUCUUUGUGGAACAGAAUACAUGGUGAAGUUUAAUUUACAGAAACAUAUAGAAAAACAGCAUUCAAAAACUGAGAGAGAAGCAUUACCAGAAUGCUUAAUCAAAUGCACAACUUGUGAAGCAAUGUUUUAUAAUAAAAAAGCAUAUGAUAUACAUAAUGUUUAUCAUAAACCAGAUGAUUUAUAUGUAACCAGUGAAGAACAAAGAUUGAAAACCGUGAAGAGGAUCGAUCAAGAUUUUGAUUUAUCUAGAGUACAAACCCUAGCAAAUAAGUAUCUUCCUAUUGAGAAAACCAGAAGAAAGAAAAAAACAAAUACUAAUAUGAAUGAUACAAUACGAAAUAAAAGUUUAUCUGACUCAGAAUUAUCUCCCAACUCUUCAAUAGAUUCCAGUGAUGAUGAAGAUACUUCAAAAAGUACAAAAAACAAGAGUGAUACUACCAAAUCUGAUAAAAAUAUAGAAAAUAAUAAACUUAGAGUUGUCGACACAUCUAAGUUAAUGGGAGAUAUGAAAAGUAAAAAUAAAAUGGAGGUAAUUGAUGGUGGCGAUAUAAAAAUGAUAAAGAGGAAAGGAAAAAUUUUAGUUGUGAGAAAACUAGACUCAAAUGUUGAUAAGCCAGUGACUAACGUUAAGAAGAAAAUUAUUAUUCACUCUGAUGGUAUAGCCACAACAUCAAGAGUAAAUAAUGAAGAUGAAAAACAUAAUUCAAUCAAAAAUGAAACAACAAUUAGUAGCACAUGAUAAAAUUGCUAUAUUUAUAUAAAGUAAUAUUUAGAAAUAGAAGUCAUUUUAAUUGUAUAUACAUGAAAAUAUAUUUUAUAA